AUGGACGGCGAGACAGUCAGUCUUGAAGCUAUCGUCAACAACAACCUCUCCGGUCGCGACCUUGAGGAGUUCAAUAGAAUUUACUACGGCAGGAGAGAUCACCAUGAGGUUAAACUCAAGGAUUCUUCUAUCGCUGCUGCAAAGGACGCGGACUUCGAAAUUGCUGCCUACGCAUUUCCCGCGAAGAAGGAGCACACAAGGCCACCAAGGAUAGUGAAAGUAGGAGUUAUUCAACACUCAAUAGCAGCGCCAACCGAUCGUCCCGUUAACGAGCAGAAAAACGCAAUCUUGGCGAAAGUGAAGAAGAUCAUCGACGUCGCCGGACAAGAAGGCGUUAAUAUACUAUGUUUCCAAGAAUUGUGGAACAUGCCUUUCGCGUUCUGCACUCGCGAAAAGCAGCCGUGGUGCGAAUUCGCUGAGUCAGCCGAAGAGGGUCCCACCACCCGUUUCCUCCGCGAGCUGGCCGUUAAGUACGCCAUGGUAAUUGUGUCUUCGAUCCUCGAACGUGAUGAGAAUCACGCCGAUAUGUUAUGGAACACAACCGUCGUGAUUAGCGACACUGGUAAUGUUAUCGGUAAACAUCGCAAAAACCACAUCCCCAGAGUCGGAGACUUCAAUGAAUCGAACUAUUACAUGGAGGGCAACACUGGUCAUCCGGUCUUUGCUACACGUUAUGGUAAGAUCGCCGUGAACAUUUGCUUCGGCCGGCACCACGUUUUGAACUGGAUGAUGUUCGGUCUGAACGGUGCAGAGAUAGUCUUCAACCCUUCAGCGACAGUAGCCGGCGAAGCGGGCAGCGAGUACAUGUGGAAUAUAGAGGCCAGGAACGCGGCGAUCACUAACUGCUACUUCACCGCGGCUAUCAACAGGGUUGGGUAUGAAGAGUUCCCUAACGAGUUCACUUCCGCUGAUGGGAACCCGGCACAUAAAGAUCUGGGCCUGUUCUACGGAUCCAGCUACUUCUGUGGGCCGGACGGUGUCAGGUGUCCAGGGCUGUCUCGUACGAAGGACGGUCUUCUUAUCGGCGUCAUGGAUCUGAAUAUGAAUAGGCAGAUAAGGGACCGUCGCUGUUACUAUAUGACUCAACGACUGGAUAUGUACGCUGAGAGCCUUCGGAAAGUGCUCGACCUGGAUUAUAAGCCGCAGGUAGUUCAUGAGAUUGAAAAAUGA